AUGAGGUGCAACAAGGAAGAACCUGACGGCGAGAGAUUUGAGCAGUGCCCUCGGUGUCAUGAUGAAGGAUUUGUGCCUGUAGUCUUCUGCUCACAGAAGUGCUUUAAGAAAUCUUGGUCAGAGCACAAAAAGUGGCACGAAGAAGAGGCACCAAAAAGGAAGAACCUCAUCAAAAGUACUCUUCAGGUGUACACUGCAUCUAAGGGCUAUUACGUCUGGGCAAUCAGAUCGGAUUAUGAUGAAAGGAUUGCAGCAGCACUGAAGAAAAUUGAAAUCUGUGAUAUUGCAGGUGCCAAAAAGAUACUCCGGGAAGCACUGAAACUAGAUACCAGACGACCAGAGGCCUUUCAUCAACUUGCUGGAUGUUUCGAUGUAUCCUCAAGGGACAGUGAAGCCAUCGAAAACUCUGCGGAAGCGUGCAAACGUUGGGCGUAUGCAACAUUAACAGGCAAGCUUGGCGAUAUCAAUGUAUGCAAAAGCGUGACAAUUGACGGGUGGGCAAACAGCACCUUCUUCCUUGCUGACAAGUUUGCGAGGGACAAUGGGCUUAAAAAGCCAAGCUGGUGGCAACAAGAUGGAAUGUUGACACUUGCAGCAAUCUUAGAUGAUGAACAGACAGCCCCAGUCACCAUUUUUACAAUGAGAUACAUUAGGGCAUGGGCACUCUCUGGUAUUAUCAGUCAGGGGUUUUCUCAAGCUUACAUGAAAUUCGAGCUCGCAGUUCCUAAGGACCGUACUCCUGAAGAGCUCAUGGAAGCAUCACAACAAUUCAGGCUUUUGUCAGAAAGCAGUGACAGUGAAACUGUUGAAACUAUUGAUAGAUCCGGAUUACAGUCAUACUCUGAAUUCAUGAUGAAGAUGGCACUAAUCCGACAAUCUCAGGUGCAAGAAAAUUGCACCAAGACGCCAAAGAUGCACAUACCUGGGUUGUGGAUGAUCAUCCACGGCCUCACUAGCCCUUCAGGAGCCACAAUGAACAACAAAAUUGGCCAUGUCUGCAUGGAUGGGUUGGAAGAGGGCCGAGUUGCUGUGACAGUGGAUGGAAUUAGCGCACCAAAGAGAAUUCGGCCAUCAAAUCUAUGGAAAGUCCCAUUUUCUGAGGCAGAUGUGGCUCUCAUUUCUUGUCUAGAGGAAGUUGACCGGUGGGAAUAUGUCAGAGCCUCGAAAGAAGCAAGUCUUGCGCAUUCCAUGGCUGGAAAGAGAUGA